AUGACAAGUGGUUUAAUUACGCUUAUUGCUGAGGAUCAGCAUUUCCAAGUACCUCGUGAUGUCCUAACUAAAGCAAGUUUAUAUUUUCAUGCUGCUUUCGAGAGCGGCAUGUCUGAAAGUAAAACCAGCCAGUUCAGUUUUCCUAACUUCACUGCUCAUCAGUUGGCUAUGGUUGUCCAGUUCUCACGUUCUGAAGUUACCAUAUGGAAUGAUACCUUAGGCAUUCAGACCGGUACUUCGGAAAACUCUUCUCAAUGUCCGGAAAAGUUAAAAAUUCUAGAAGCUUUAGAUUUAGCAGAUGCAGCGGAUUACUUUCAAAUGCCAAAACUUAUUCAGACUUGUGUGCAAAGAAUAUCUUAUAUCAUGGACAGCUUGUUUCAGCCAAGAUCUAUUCAUCAUCAUGAAUCCCACGAAUGUGAUAUAUUUUCUACAAUCUUAAAAGAAUUUGUCAAAGUUUCUCAUUGUGAGAAUGGUUGUGUUUGUAAGCUUUUUGCUGAAUACGCUGUAAAAUACCCUCAUUUUAUUCUCAGGCCUUGUCUUUCAGAUCUCAGCUUACAGCAACCACUUAUUAAUGUAGUUAUUAGCUACUUAUCAAAAAGCAUUAUAUGCAUACCAGAUGAAGAUAUUAUUCUAGAUAUGGUUCUUAGUUGGUUGCAAAUGUUGAAUUCAACUCAGUUUUACACUGAAAAUACCGUCCAAUCAUUUCUACAUUGUGUUCGUCCCGGUCUUUUAUCUUUACAAGGUCGAAUUAAGUUAUUGGAUUGUUGGCGCAAAGAACACACUGAAUUCAAAUGGUAUGGAAAAUUGACAUGCGAUGAUAUGGAAACAUUUUUCAAAAGUAUACCGCUAGGAGGAGUGUUUUCUAAGCCUCCAUCACCUCUUUCUCAGAUGCAGCUCUUAUUAUUAACACCUAGGGCGGAGUCUCUAUGUUUACUUGGAUUAGCUCCAAAUCGUUCCAACAGCUCUGUAGAAAUCUGGGUUUUCAAUCUGCAUAAUGGAGCGUAUCAUAAUUACCCAAUACCAUAUAGUUGUUUACGUAAACUCGAUUUGGACUCCUCUAAUGUUGGUGACAUAGAUCGUCGCAUUUACUUUUGUCCAGUAACAUACGGACCUCGUUCUUAUCAAAGUAACUUAUUUGUCAUAAGUUUUGAUCCAAACAGUGGGACAUUAAAUGGACGCAUUGGCCUUACAACUUUGUCUAGUGGUCUCUACAUAUAUUAUGUAUCGUCCAUACAAGAAGUUGCGUGGUUGUGUGCAUUUCGUUUUGACCUCAACACAUGGAAUUGGUACGGAAUGGAACCAUAUUGUCUAUCUAAAAGCCAAAAUGGAAUAAUGCUAUUUACUCCGAUUGAACAGUUGAAUUCUGUCCCUCCUGAUGGUUGGCUUUACGCUAACAUAGAGACAGUUUCCUCUUCAAAUAAUUCCAGACAGCCACGUCAUGGACUUCAUCAAACGUCAUCUCUCCGGUCACAGUUCUUUCGCUUUCGUCCGAGACCUGACAAAGAUAUGUUAGUUGUGGAGAAUCUACCGAAUCCACCUUUCUUGAUCAGGAUGUAUCGUUUAUUGGCUAUAAGCUGCUCGUCAAGUAGUAACUCUGAUGAUAAGACAUAUUUAUUUCCUAUGGGAACCUGUUCUCGUGAUUUAGAGGCUACACAUUACUGCUUUGAUACAUUGUCUUGCCGAUGGCUUCGAUGGUCACCUGUUCACAGAUCAAACAAUGAUGAGUUAGAUCCUGUUAGACAGUACUCCGUGGAAAAUAAUGAAUUGACAUUUAAUCUGUGUCCAAAAGUCCUCGGUUUUCGAGGUCUUGUUUGUGCUACACACCUUUUGAAGGAAUCCGAUGCAACCAAAUCAUUGCCUAAGUCAUCAUUUUCAGUGAGCUGCUAUAAGUCACUUGAAUUGCCUAGUCAUUCGCAUUCUUCAUACGUGAAUGAAGAAAGCCCAUCAAAUAUUGAUGAGAAAAAGUUGACAACAAUCCUAGUUCUAGCUGGGAGACCGGAUCAAAACAAGCAUGUCUCUUGUGGAAUAUGGUUUCAUCAUCCUCAGCAUUAUGAUAACAUCAAUGAAACAGUUAAACUAUUUGAUUCUGAAAAACCAAAUUAUUUUCUACCAACUGCCGUCGCUCAAACCUUGGGACAGUAUUUUUCUCCAGCCGCUGUGGUUUUAGCCAACUGGACGCAUAUUAUACAAUCUGUAAAUCCGAUGAAUUUCUUGAGUAACCCAUCUAAGCAACUAGAAAAAACUGAAGUCAGUUGCGAAUUUAACAGAUUAUCAUAUGAUGAUGAAAUUUUCUAUGAAAAUUCAAACUGGUCAUGUGACAGUGAUUGA